AUGGGCGCGUGCAUGUCGGCGGAACAGGCUCGCGACACUCCCGAAUACAAGAAGUCACGAGCGCUCGAUCUCAAGAUCAGGGAAGAUGAAAAGACGCUCGCUCGCGAAGUCAAGCUGCUCCUCUUGGGUGCUGGAGAGAGCGGCAAAUCCACCAUCCUCAAGUCGAUGCGAAUCAUCCACCACAUCCCCUUCACCUCGGAGGAGCGCGAGAACUUUCGUCGUCUCGUUUUCCUCAACCUCGUUCAAGGCAUGAAGACCAUUCUCGAUGUCAUGGAGGAAUGGACCGUCGAUCUGCACGAUCCUGCCAAUGUCGAGCACCUCUCGCUCUUUGUGAGCUAUCCGGACAUCUCGGAGGACGAGCCGUUCCCGAGCCGCUACCUCGUGGCGCUCAAGGAUCUCUGGCUGGAUGCGGGCGUUCAGUCGGUCUACAGGAGAGGAAAUGAGGCUGCAGUGCCAGACAACAUGGCGUACUACUACGCCGACCUCGACCGACUUUUCCAGCCAUCGUACAACCCCACGGAAGCAGACAUCUUGCGGUGUCGCAACAAGACCACAGGCAUCAUCGAGACCACCUUUCCAUUGCAAGACCACGUCUACCGCAUUUUUGACGUCGGUGGUCAGCGUUCUGAGCGCAAAAAGUGGAUCCACUGCUUCGAAAAUGUCACGGCGGUGCUCUUCUGCGUCGCGCUUUCGGGGUACGACUCGUGCCUGGUCGAGGACAAGGAUUCGAACCAGAUGCAGGAAGCAUUGAUGCUGUUCGAUUCCAUUUGCAACUCGAAAUGGUUCACAAGGACAUCGAUGAUCCUGUUUCUCAACAAGGUCGACGUCUUUCGCCAGAAGAUCGCCUAUUCGAGCGUCAAGCACUACUUCCCGGAUUACGAGGGAGACGAUCAGGACUUCAACGCUGCAAGGAACUACUUCAAGAGCCGCUUCUGCCGGCUCAACAGAAGCUCGACCAAAGAAGUCUACCCGAGCUUUACCAAUGCCACCGACGUCAGCCUGUUAAAGAUCGUCAUGGCCAGCGUUACGGAUAUCAUCCUGACGAACAACCUGAGGGACAUCGUGCUCUAG